CGGCAGCACUCAGUCUACCACCGGCGGUAACCAGAGCGAUCGCAUUUCUUCACCAAUUCCGCCACAACGAGCCUCACUGUCAGUGACGCGAAAUUUCUCUUCUGAUACUUGACGCCGACAGGGUGAACAAUCAUGAAGCUCCCGGCCGCUCCUUUCGGUCUUCUUUUACUCGCCGGACUCUGCCUUGGCGCUGAAUUCGGCUAUAGUGGAGAAAACGGUCCGGAGAACUGGAGCAAAAUAUCCGAAACAUGUGGGGGAAAGAAUCAAUCGCCCAUUAAUAUAAUAGUAAAAGAUACCAAAAGCAGCAGCUUUCCGCCGUUGGAAGUUUCGUUCCGGACAUAUAAGAAGAAUCCAUUCGACAAGGAUUCGUGCCAGUUGACCCUCGUGAACAACGGACACUCAGCUCAGCUACAGUCAACCGACAAUAUGGAGGUAACAGUGAAAGGAGGACCCUUAAAAGAUACAUACACUUUCCAGCAGUUGCAUUUUCAUUGGGGCAGGAAUAAUAGUGAAGGAUCCGAAACUCUAAUAAACAAUAAACCGUGCUCGCUGGAGAUGCACGUCGUCUGCCGCAAUGAAAAAUACAAAUCGAUGGCGGAGGCUGUUAAUCACGCUGAUGGUCUGGCUGUUUUAGGAUAUAUGUAUCAUGUCCCGAAGGGACUCUUCUUCUACAAAAAUCCGAUAUUGACACGCAUAACGAGCGCAUUACAACACAUGAAAGAUGCGGGUAUGAAUAAGACAUUGUGUGAUUGCGACCUGUUGCAAAAUUUAAUUUUACCACCAACCUUAAAUUUUCAAACUUACUACACGUACAACGGUUCACUAACCACUCCACCUUGUUCGGAGAGUGUCACGUGGUUCGUCUUCGAAACGAUCCUAGAGUUGGCAAAUAGUCAGUUGAAAGAUUUCCGCAAGCUGAAAUCAUCAGACGGCACUCCGAUGACCCAUAACUUCCGGCCUCCGCAGCCUCUAGGAGACCGAGAAGUUUACCGAAACAUUCCGCAGGAACAGAAUUCCGGACAGUGUAACACCAAGUCGUCUUACAUGGGGAAUACGUUGGCACCUCUACUAGGACUUGGCCUAUCUUUGGUAUGAAGACCUGAACGGAACGUCCUCUAGUCAACAGCGCUCACCAAUUGUUAUUUUAAUCCUUUAACUGUUACUUCAAAUCCUUAAAUAAAAACCAUGUGUAUUAAAUAUUAUUAAGCAGAAUAAAAUGGGAAUUACGUUUAA